AUGGGAGGCGAGCGGGCUCUCAGCAGAGGCCAGCUUAGCCCGCGGGAGCUGCCUCUGAGCAGCGGGCGGGAGGGCAGUGCCGCCCUGUGGCCACCGGGCUUCGCGGAUCGCGGCUCUCCGCACACGGGUCGCAGGACCACGCCGGGCACCUCCAGCACCCCAAGUCCGCGGGAGCGCACGCGGGCCCUGAUGCGGGACUUUCCGCUUGUGGACGGGUGGCUGCAGUGUGUGCGGGCUGGUGGGGGCCGCCACAACGACAUGCCCCUGGUCCUGAGGCAGUUUUACCACAAUGGGCUACAGGAUGUUAAUCUGUGCAAUUUUAGCCAUGGCCAGACCAGCUUGGACAGGCUGAAAGACGGUCUCGUGGGUGCCCAGACCCACGAACGGGAUGCUGUGCGCCUCCCCCUGGAGCAAAUUGACCUCAUCCGCCUCAUGUGUGCCUCCUAUUCUGAGCUGGAGCUUGUGACCUCAGUUAAAGCUCUCAACAAUACCCGGAAGUUGGCUUGCCUCAUUGGUGUGGAGGGCGGCCACUCACUGGACAGUAGCCUCUCCAUCUUGCGUACCUUCUAUGUGCUGGGUGUGCGCUACGUGACACUCACCCACACCUGCAACACGCCCUGGGCACAGAGCUCAGCAAAGGGUAUCCACCCCUUCUACAGCAAUGUCAGUCGGCUGACCGGCUUUGGCGAGAAGGUGGUGGCAGAAAUGAACCGCCUGGGCAUGAUGGUGGACUUGUCCCAUGUCUCGAUGCUGUGGCACGCUGCCCGGGGUGUGUGCAAGAACACUCGGAAUGUUCCUGAUGAUAUCCUGCAGCUUCUGAAGAAGAACGGUGGCAUCGUGAUGGUGUCCUUGUCCGUGCGGGUGCUGCAGUGCAACCCGUUAGCCAACGUGCCUACCGUGGCAGAUCACUUCGACCACAUCAGGGCAGUCAUUGGAUGCAAGUUCGUCGGGAUUGGCGGAGAUUAUGACGGGGCUGGCCGGUUCCCACAGGGGCUGGAGGACGUGUCCAUAUACCCGGUACGGGAGGAGAACGAGGGACAGAGUCCCUUGGAGGAUGAGUUUCCAGAUGAGCAGCUGGGCAGCUCUUGCCGCUCCGUCCUCCCACGCCGCAAGGCUCCCCGCGCGCUCACCCGUUGGCCUCUUCUGCGUCUUUUGCUCCUGCUGUGGCUGCUGCCGUGGCCGGUAACCCGCGCCCGGACCACGCAGGGAACCCCCAGCGCCUCGACCAGGCCGGACACCUCCAGCGCCCCAACAGUGCCGGGCUCCCCGAGAGCCCCGAGUCUGCAUGAGCGCGCGCGGGCCCUGAUGCGGGACUUCCGGCUCGUGGAUGGCCAGAACCACCUGCCCCUGCUCCUGAAACAGCAUUUCCGGAACAAGCUACCGGAGGUCAACCUGCGCAAUUUCAGCCUUGGCCAAACCAGCCUGGACAAGCUCAGGGAUGGCCUUGUGGGUGCCCAGUUCUGGUCAGCCUACGCACCAUGCCACACCCAGGACCAGGAUGCUGUGCGCCUCACGCUGGAGCAGAUUGACCUCAUUCGUCGCGUGUGUGCCUCCUACUCUGAACUGGAGCUUGUGACCUCAGCCAGAGGACUGAACGGCACUCAAAAGCUGGCUUGCCUUAUUGGUGUGGAGGGUGGUCACUCACUAGACAGCAGCCUCUCUGUGCUGCGCAGUUUCUAUCUGCUGGGAGUACGCUACCUGACACUCACCUUCACCUGCAACACGCCCUGGGCAGAGAGUUCCACCAAGUUUCAACACUUCUACACCGACAUCAGUGGGUUGACAAGCUUUGGUGAGAAGGUGAUAGGGGAAAUGAACCGCCUGGGCAUGAUGGUGGACUUGUCCUAUGGGUCGGACACCUUGGCGCGGCAAGCCCUGAAGGUGUCAAGGGCCCCUGUGAUCUUCUCCCACUCAGCUGCCAAGGCUGUGUGCGACAAUAUGCUGAAUGUUCCCGAUGACAUCCUGCAACUUCUGAAGAAAAAUGGUGGCAUUGUUAUGGUGUCGCUGUCCACGGGGGUGCUGCCGUGUAACCUGUUUGCUAAUGUGUCCACCGUGGCAGAUCACUUUGACCACAUCAGGGCUGUCACUGGAUCUGAGUUCAUCGGGAUUAGCGGAAACUAUGAUGGGUCUGGCCGGUUCCCUGAGGGGCUGGAGGACGUGUCCACAUACCCGGUACUGAUAGAGGAGUUGCUGAGGCGUGGCUGGAGGGAGGAAGAGCUGCAGGGUGUCCUUCGUGGAAACCUGCUGCGGGUCUUCAGACAAAUGGAACAGGUGAGAGAGGAAAACAGUGGCCAGAGCCCUGCGGAGGAUGAAUUUCCAAACAGGCAGGUGGGCAGGUCGUGCCACUCCCACCUGACUCAGCCUCAGAAUGAACACCUGGCCGCACACCGUGUGGGAAACAAGUGGCCAACCAAUCAGGCCCUCCAGAGGCCCUCAAAAGCCUCCCCACACGUCGUUCUAGGCCUCAUGGCUGCUGCCACCUUCUCAAUCCUCAUCCUAUGGCUCUAG